AUGGCCGACAAUGACAAGUCAGAGACUUCAGGCGAGCCUCAAGGCCGCCACGUGACCUACUGCGGUGUCUGCACUCUUCCUCCAGAGUACUGCGAGUAUGGAGGCACCGUGAAGAAGUGCCAGGACUGGCUUCAAAAGAAACACCCACUGAUGUACCAGACGAUCUGGUCAGCAGAGGCCCUUGAGGCGGCCACCUCAUCCCUGUCCGUUGACGCUCAAAAGCGAGCUGCGAAAGAUGCUCAGAAGAAGGCCGCCAAGGCUGAAGCAGCCGAGGCAAAACAAGCCGACAAAAUCGCUAAGAGCACCGUUACGAUUAAAAGAAUCGAGCGGAACAAAAGGAAGUUUGUUACAUCCGUGUCUGGUCUGGAAUCUUUCGGGCUGGAGUUGAAGAAAGUCGCCAAAGAAUUCGGUAAGAAGUUUGCUACCGGCUCAUCCGUUACGAAGACUCCGAGUGGCAGCGAGGAAAUUGUCGUGCAGGGCGACGUGAGCGACGAGAUUGAGGAGUUUUUGCUGGAGAAAUACAAGGAGAUACCCGAGGACAAUAUCGAACUGGUGGACGACAAGAAGAAAAAAUCGAGCUCAUAA